AUGCGCCCAGCCGGAGCCUUUGGCAUCAGUUUCGAGAACCGCAGAAAUUUGCUCGACGACACAUGUCGAGCCUGCAAGAUGACGAACAUACUAAGAAGCGGCACAUCUUCAUCGCUCUGGGGAGCAACAUGGGUGAUAGAACAGCCAUGA